GUCCAUUCAGAUCAAACAGCCGGAAGUAGUCGAGAGUAGAGCGAGAAAACCAACGUUAAUUCAUAUUUUCGCGUUUUCCAGCCGAGUAUUUGACUGUCAUAUGAAAUGUAUAAUCUCAUCAGUGGAAGGUGUCUGUCAACAUGAGCUCAGUUUGGGAUGUCAGAGGAGGACAUUGAACUCGCUGGCGGAUAAAGACAUCACACAACAGCGUUCCAUAUUUUCCUGACCGAGGUUUACGGAUGUCCCUCACACUGACAGCCAUGAGCGACAGCGCAGUGACCGGCGGCCAGCAGCAGCAGUGGUCGGGGUCCGGCCAGACGACGCUGCAGCAGCAGCAGCCUUCCCGGGGCCCCUACAUCUCAGUCAUCACCAACAGGACCACCAACCUGCUGAUCCGAGGGGCCAUGCUGUUCUCUGUGGGCGUCUUCUUGGCUCUGGUGCUCAACUUACUUCAGGUGCAGAGAAACGUCACCCUCUUCCCCCCCGACGUCAUCAGCAGUAUCUUCUCCUCGGCCUGGUGGGUGCCCCCCUGCUGCGGCACCGCCUCAGCGAUGAUCGGCCUGCUGUACCCGUGCAUCGACAGCCGUCUGGGCGAGCCGCACAAGUUCAAGCGGGAGUGGUCCAGCGUGAUGCGCUGCGUGGCGGUGUUCGUAGGCAUCAACCACGCCAGUGCUAAAGUGGACUUUGCCAACAACGUCCAGCUGUCUCUGACUCUGGCGGCGCUCUCCAUCGGUCUGUGGUGGACGUUCGACCGCUCCCGCAGCGGCUUCGGCCUGGGAGUCAGCAUCGCCCUGCUGGCAACGCUCGCAACUCAACUCCUGGUUUACAAUGGAGUCUUUCAGUAUACUUGUCCAGACUUCCUGUACAUUCGCUCCUGGUUACCGUGCAUCUUCUUUGCCGGGGUGAUAACUAUGGGAAACAUCGGACGGCAGCUAGCUUUGUAUGAAUACAAAUUCAUUCAGGAAAAAACCCAUCAGGACUGAGGCUCAAAAUGACAUUUUCUUUUUUCACCGACCUGAAGCUAGAGGCAGGUUCUCAGAGCACAUCAGCAUGCACCGGCUGGCCCCGGAUAAGGCAGGCCAGUCAAACCAGUCCCGAGCUCCCGAUCAGCCCCGGACAAGACAGUAUUUUUUUGAAUCGACUCUCAUCGGAGCCGUUGAGAUGCUCGGACCACGCCGGCUACACUCUGAGCUGAGCUGAGAGGGGAAACGAUGAGAGCGGAGUUUGUUGUGUUUCUUCUUUGGUGCAGUUUAUCUCUACUUACCUGGAAAAGGGAUUAUAGCUGGCGAAGCAUCUAUCGUUGUUCAGAUCAGCUCAGAUGUUUGAAACCCUUUUGGCUCCAUUGUGCCAAAAAACACACACACAUACACACACAGAGAGGAUCAGCUGCUCUUAUCUCCUGAUUCUCUCACAUCCUUCACGUAUCAGUGGAGAAUACACAGCCUAGUUAACUUAUAUCUAGACAGAUAUGUGCAUCUAUUAUUAGACAUAUAAUUAGCUUCUAUCUUACACUUUAAUUUUCUUUGAUAAAAAGGUUGAUGAUGUGGGUCGUUUUACCAGCCGCGCCGUCGGAUCCAAAGAAUGAAAGGAUUCGUUUCUUUCUUCUUCUUUAGUUUCUUAUUAAAUUCCCUUAUUUUAGGACCGUUUCUGUUUUUAAAUCUUGUCUUCAUUUCAGGGAGCAACAGGUGUCUAAAAUGUAUCUGUAGCCUUUUUCAGUUGCUUGUUUUAAAAAAAACGAAAAAAAAAACAAACAGCAGUUUUCCCAAAACAGCAGGAAUGCCAAAUUUCCCAGUUUAUCUUGAGCUUCAUAGCACUUAACGAAAAGUUGAUGGUUGUAACUUCUGAAAGUGUUCACUCACUGGUCUCUUUAUUAUCAACAGCUCUGCCGGGAAAUCUACUUUUAUAAAAUGUUCAUCAGAGAGAUGAGAUGUGAUCGUAGCUGAUUUAUACGCUGCGAUUAUUGGGGCCAAAAAUAUCACAGAAUCACAGUUUUAGUGCUAAAAUAUAGUAAAAUGACUUCACACUAUGAUCAAGUUGAAUUUAAUUAAACCAACUGAGAACUUUAGACUUUUAAAUUAACAUCAAAAAAACUAAAAACAGCAGAAAUUCACUGAACCAAAAUAGUUUGCAUGUCGGCUCGACGGGAAGAAAACAACAGUGUUUGUAUUUAUUGAUUGAUCGAUGUUAUCGAGGGGACUGGGAGCCUCGAUCGAUCAAUAAAGAUACCGUUAAUAUGUUGAGAACAUUAACCAGAGGGAGAUGUGUGUGUCAUUUAAACAGAAAACAGAAGAGAAAUAAAUAGACUCAGUUUAGAUUCUCUGCAUCUUCUGAUUUGUUUUGUGAUUUUUAAUAAUCGUGAAAGAACCAAAAACUUUAUUGACAAGCUUUCGAUCCUCAGACGAGCUAACGUUAGCGUAGCGAGUCAGGAGUGAACCGGACCAGGAGGCUGUUUGACCCGUCAAACUAAAAUAAACUGCUAAUAAAGACAGAAGAGUAAUAUUUCACACAUUAACCAGCGACACUAAAGCAGAAUUAUCAAUAAUCCCCCCAUUCACAGUUUAUAAUCAAUAUAUGAGCAUUUAAUAAAUGAUUUAUAACGUAGUUAUUAGCAGAUAUAAGUGUUUAUUCAUGUAUUAACAACUAUAACAGUCAGUGUUUGCUGAUGUAUAAACAUGAAAAUAUAUUAAAACACAGUUGUAAUAAUAUAAAAUAUGUCUUCACAGGGAGGUUAUACUAUACAAAUAAACACUUAUAUCUGCUAUUAAUAUAUUCUAUUUAUUACCUCUUUAUAUACUGAUUAUAAUUAUGAUUUAAUUAAAGUCUGGUAAUAUUCUAGCAGAGCUGUUAUAUUCAUUAUACCUAAUAAUAAAGUGCUCAGUGGGUGAUUGGAUGCAUGUCAACAUAUUAUGUUUGAUCUUAUAUAACUAAUUGCGUUUAUAUCUACAAUUUUUUUUUAUAUAUUUACAAAUCUAACGCACACAUUAGCGUAGAACUAACACGAUAUAACAUUUUGUUUUUGGCUGGUUUAUAAAGAAUACUUCUGGUGUUAUGAGUGAUUUGUCUGAUUUUAAUGCAGGUUCUGCAUCUACAGUGUUUAAAGUCUGUUAAAACUCUGCUGGCGACGUCGUUCUCCAGUCUCGUGUUUGUCGGGUGGACGGAUGGAUUGAGAACCUUCCUGGUAGAAACUCAUAAAUAAAUACAAACCAUAAGAAAACAAUAAAAACAAGGAUCUAUAAGAGGUGUGAUUGGAUCAUUUAAGGGAUGUUUUUGUAACGAUUUCUUUGGUCUAAUAAGCAGUUAAAAC